AUGACGCGACUGCACCCCGCGCUGUUGGAGAGCAGUUUCUUCAUGACUUUCAAGAAGCAGCGCAACGAGCUAGAGGCUGAGGCCAUCAAGGACGUCAGUGCAGAGCUGCAGGGGGGGGGGAGAAAGAAAAGGGCCACCCUGGAAGGCUAUGAGGUUCACGACCACGACGCCAAGACCUUGACCAGCACUACGGUGCCGUCUGACGCCGCGACCGAUUUCGAAGAGCCGCACGCGAUUCAGGCGCCCUACGUGCCGCAGCGAGUUGACACUAAGCUCACCAAGGCAAAGGGACUUGCACUGCAGCGGGAGCUUCUGCAAGCAUUCCAGUCCCCAGGAUUUCAAAAGAGACUGCAUGAGCUUGAGCGAGACCAUGCGUCCCCCAAGAACAAGAAUGUCAAAACGGCAGCCUACCGCAUCGAAUUCAUGAAGCUGGUUCGCUCCCGGCAGAGAGAGAUCAUCCCGUACUAUGGUUUUCCCGCCACCGAAGAAGGCAUCGAGGCCAUGCUGGUGGCGCUGCAAGAGCACAAGGACGAUCCUGACGUGUUCGUGAACGAGGCGGCCAUCAACGAAGCCCUGGGCCUGGAGACGAGGCGCCAGGGCAAGGCGGAGAAGAUCAAGGUCUGCGACGUCAGGCCCAAGACCUUGCGCGGCACCUCCGAGAUGCUGCGCCUCAUGCUCAGCAAGCUCAGCAAGGCCACCUUCCAACAGAGCAUCGACAGUCUCAAACAGGCGGCAGAUUUCCGUGCCGGCCGAUGUGGCUACGAAGAUGACACCAGCCUGUGGCCCGUGGAGUUCUACGAAGACCCGGAGGGCUACUAUCAUCUUCAUGGCCGCGACAAGCUGGCACUGAGUGUCCACAAGCAAGUGUUGCCCCUCUACGGAUUUACGGCUGAUAAGCAUGGAGUACAGGAGAUGCUUCAGCUUUGUGCAAAGUACUUGUCGGACCCAGAGUUUGCUCACCUCUUUGACUCUGUGAACGCCAAGCUGGGCAUGUCACCAAGCGCCUGCCAACGCUUCCGCCAACUGAUUGCUGGCUAUGAGCCACUGCCAACUGGCAAGGCAAGGUCUUGA